AUGCGUUUCAAAGCUACCAUCCAGAACAUCCACACCUUUACCAAGUUCACUGCUUCCCUAGCCUCCCUAGGUCCCGUUGCCUGGGUACGGCUCGACGAGCAUGAAGUCCGCUUCACCAUAAUCCCCGAACAGGGCACCCAAGUGUGGGCUGUCCUCUCCAUCGACACCAUCUUCGAGCACUACACCAUCCAGUCCGCUGCCGCAAAUGUCAUAAACCUCGAAGUCCCCCUCAUCCCCCUCAACCGCGCCCUCAAGUCUGCCCUCAGGGCAACCUCCGCCUCCAUCCGCCUGACCAAGAAAGCCAACCUCCCCUUCUUAGUCCUGACCAUCACCACUAAUACCUUCAACCGCAAUGCGCUCAGCAGCACGACAGGCGGAUUCGGCGGCGGCGGCGCACACGCACAGUCAGGCAGCACCCACGACACGCGCGACGACAGCUACGACUUCCACGGCGCAAGCCCAAGCCAUGACUUCGGAGGCAGCGGCCGGGAAAGAGAAACGGUAGUGACGCAGGAUAUACCGAUCCGCGUCCUCGGUCAGGCGAGCGUAGAAGGAAUCCACGAGCCGCGGUGCCGCGAGCCGGACGUGCAUAUCCUGCUGCCGCCGCUGAUGCAGCUCAAGAGUAUCAGCGACCGCUUCACGAAACUCGCGCUUGGGUCCCGCGACGGCGGCACAGGUGGCACAGGUGGCGGCCGGAGCGCCGUGGCCAGUGGACUGGGCCCGCGGCUCGAGAUCGCGGCGAACAUGCAUGGGUGCUUGAAGCUCAAUAUCAGGACCGACGCGAUGAAUAUCUCGAGUGUGUGGACCGGGUUGAGUAAUCCGGAAUUGGAUGCAGGGCAGGUUGAGGGUGGGGAGGAGGGUAUCGCGGCGCAUCCGAGCACGAGAAUGAAGGAGCUGGGGGAUGUGCAGGGGAAGAGCGAGGAGGGGUGGGCGGUGUGUAGGAUUGAUGGGAGGGAUUGGGGGAAGGUGAUGAGUGUGGGACGGCUGGGGGGGAGGGUCAUUGCUUGCUUUUGUCAUGAGCACGCUUUGAUUCUCUAUGUUUAUUUGUCGAAUAAUGAGGAGGGUGGGGAUGAGUCGGUUUUGACGGUGAGUGACUCUCCAGCUGUUGAUUGA